GCCGCCCACCUCCACCGGUGCCCGCUGGUGGAUUGACGUAUCACAGUGCAAUAAGCUUUGUCAACAGGUGACUCCAACAAUCUGUAUAAAGACUGCUCCGCGAGACUGAGCUACAUUUCAGAACCAUGGAGAGCUCCCGCCUAUUCGCCCUGCUAGGAGCCGCUUUAUUGUUGCUGGUGGGAGCCCACGGUCAGGAAGAAGGCGAGCUUCAACCCCGAGCCUUGGAUCUCUAUUCCACCAUGGAGGAUACGUCCCACGAGAAGGAGCUGAUUGAAGCACUGCAGGAAGUCCUGGAGAAGCUGAAAAGCAAACGGCUCCCACAUUAUGAGAAGAAGUAUGGUCAAGUCCCCAUGUGUGAUGCAGGAGAGCAGUGCGCAGUGAGAAAAGGUGCCAGGAUUGGAAAGCUCUGUGACUGUCCCAGAGGAACAUCUUGCAAUACUUUUCUCUUGAAGUGCUUGUAAAGAAAAGUCCCUCCCCCAACCUCUGGAGAGCAGAGAAAAGAGCCAGUUGCCUUGUCUGAAGAAUUAAUCCUGAGAUGUGGAUGCAGGUGGGUGGGGUGGAGAAUGGUCUGCAUUCAUCACAUACAAAGAAGUGGGUGGGGGGAGGGAAACCAGUGUAAGGGUGAUGUGAACUGUUGCUUUUAGGAUUUCUUCUGCCGUUUCUUCUUGCCAUUAGUUUCCUUCUUUACUCCUCUCCUAUUUUUUUCCCCAUAUGUGUACAUCAGUGUGCAAAGAAUGAAUUGAUAUUUUCAGAACUGUAUUUUUGAAUGUAGAUGGUCUUCAUGAAAAUUAGCUCUAGAAAAUUCAUUAAUCUACUUCCCCUGAAAUACAAAUACAGGAAGAAAUUAGAGGACAAAUAGAGGGGUUCAUCAAAUUAACAAUACAUAGGAAUGAUUAAAAGACAAACAAAUAUUUCAAAAAUAAAAUGCAAAUAUCCAUUUCACAACAGGUAUACAUGUGUAUACCAACUGUAAGUAAACAGUGGCACAUUCCAAAAAUACCUUACUAAACAACUCUUUCAUCUCAGUUUGGUAGUAACUUCAACUCAGUAUCUCCAGCUUCCUCGGGCAGUAAUAUUUUUGAAAUAUAUAACAGAGGAAGCCACCUAAAUCCUGUCUGCUAGGAUCUUUUGAGACUAAGAUGGAAAGAAAAACUAGGAAUCUUUUUCCUUGGCAAAAUAUGUAAUGGAAUUCCUGAUGUUUCUAUCUGAAAAAGCAACAUCAUAAUAUGUAAUUAUAACUGUAAUUCAAGUAUGUGUCAAUAGUGACAGCCUGAUCAAGUCAUCAGUAGAUGUCUGCUUCUUGGUUGCUAAGUAGAAAAAUAUGAGACAAGACUAUGUUGACAUUAUACUUGGCUGAUUAGUAUACAUAUUCAAGGAUAUUGCAAGGACCUACUUCAAAUAAAUUACAAUUUCUGAAUGUUCAUCAACAGUUUUAUCUAUUAAAAAGCAUUUAUAUUAGAUCACUGAUCACUGCCCAUAUAGCAUUGUUUUGGGGCCAGUGUAAAAAUCAGUGCUUCCAAGCAACAUCAUUGUUAUCUAAUUCCUAUGUUAAGAGUUGGUCAGGAUUGAGAAGAAUUUGGCUGGGCAUCAGAAACUCCAAACACAUAAGAAAUGAGUCAUGAAAGCUAUGAGGAGCCCAAGAACUCCCAUCUUCUAAAGUUGCUUAAAGUGAUGAAAUAUAAAACAGUUUCAGUUUUGAGAUACUAUUUCCCAUAAUCUGACACUGAAGAAAGGUAUAAACAUGUACCACAUAAAAUGCUUUUUCCUUUGAGACAAUAACCAUUUAUUUAUGUAUACAAUUCAACUCUAUUGUAAUGGGUUCAAGCAACUUAAGGCAGAGUUAUAUCAGUUCACAUUUUACAGAUAUGCAUAUGUCAAACUGUGAGAAUGGAUAUCUAUAAUGGAAAGAUUCUAAGAAUUCUUAAAUAAAGCACAUAAAUCUGUUACUUCUAUAACAAUGUAUAGCUCAAGCUUCCAAAUAUUUUUCAAUAAUGUCCUAUUGUCUUUUACUAAUUUAUUUGAUCAUUAAUAAAAUCAUUGUU